UCCUGCUGAAGGAUCUCGGCCCGAAAUGUCGACUGUACUCUUUUCCAUAGAUGCUGCCUGGCCUGCUGAAUCCCUCCAGCAGUUUGUGUGUGGAACCGAGGGUUGCCAGCUUUCUCGCUCCCAAAUAAGGGACAAAAGAGCCAGAGAGAAGUCCUUAAAUAACAAGUCACAGUUCACAGAUAAUUGAAGUUAAUUUUUGAUCAGUUCUGCGCUGCAUCUGUUUCUUGAGUCUGACCAUUUAAUGGACAUCAGAGAGAAGAUCCUCUCUACAGGGGCAUUUGAGCCUAGCACAGAGGACAAAUGAGACAAUCCUGAACAUGUUGAUGAUAUUGGCGGAUUUUGUGAUAUCCUUUCUGGCUUUCUGUAUUUCCUCCCGGCUAGCAAAGAACUUUUUUUUAGAGUUGGUCCAUAUUGACUGUCUCUGUCAUUUUGAGGGCAGCCACUGAUAAAAUUUUAAGGGAAUUGGGGAGUUUCAGAUUCCCGUAAAUAAUGGUUAAGGUUGAGUCUGUGUAUUCUGGUUUGAGAAUGGCUGCAGUUUGAGCAGCUGUUGUCUCCUGACUCUUCACACCCUUUUAUUUUGUGUUUAAAUUUCAACUUUGGGUUAAGUACCAACUACAUAUGUUUGUAACUGCAGUAUGUUUGAAUAAUAUCUCACAACUGCUUCUUUGAAUGAAAAUAAGGAUUAUAAACUUACAAAACCCACAAGAAGAUGUCUCCUAACUUUUCACACCUUUUAGUUUCAACAAAAGGUGGAGAUAAGGCAGGACGUUCUUUACAUUCCUUUCUUAAUUUUGGUGAAGUCUCUUAUCUAACAUUAAGUUCUGCUCUAUUUGAAUAGCCGGAAUGUCUAUGGAUCUUACACGAGGAAAUCUGCAGAUGCUGGAAAUUCAAACAACAACACGCACAAAAUGCUGGUGGAACACAGCAGGCCAGGCAGCAUCUAUAGGGAGAAGUGCUGUCGAUGUUUCGGGCCGAGACCCUUCGUCAGGAUGCCAUUUUGUGUGCGUUGUCUAUGGAUCUGACUGUUCUUUUGUAUUGAGAUGUUAAAGGAUCAAUGUGUCCUGCUGACUCCUUGUCUCACUUGCAGGAUGUAACAAUCUAUACUCAGUUUUCUGAUUACCUUUGCCUGCUGUAUUCUUUGUCAAGUACGUUUACCUCUGUUUUAGGUGAUUAAGUGCCCUUUGUCUCAGACUACCACUGUUGAUGGCAUUCGUGACAAAGAUGGUAUAAAAAAACUCUGUAUCUCUGUCCUUAGACAGAGAGACUUCAAGUGUCUGACUCUCUGUGAGUGCAGAUGGAAUGUUCCCUCUGGUAGCUUGCUACUAAUAAAGGCAGAAAAGUAUCAACUGUGGUAUUUGUUUCAUUACAUCGGGUUGAUCACUGUUGACACCACCACCUGCUCCAGGUCAGUGAAGGAGAACUCCUCAAAGAGGCUGAUCGGUUUCAGUUUCAUCAUUACAUUUUCAUUACAUUACAUUACAGUGAGAAAUCAAACCACUUGUCAAUGUAUGUAAUGACAGAGUCAUAGAACUUCAUAAAGUCCUGUUGCUGCUGGUACUUGCUUGUCCAUCAGCUGCUUGGUCUGGUAUCCAAAAAAGCUGUCCUGUUUCCACUGAAGCAUCUUCAUUUUGAACUUUUGGACUUCCUCGUAAACAUCUGUGAUGCAGAGCUUUGUUUCCUCCAGCUUUUUUACAAGUGGGUCAAAAACAAACCCCACUUUGUGGAAAAAGCACAAAUUAAUUUCAGUAGCUCCAGUUUUUUCUUCAUCCUCAAAAAUCCUCUUCAGUGCUACAGGACAAGUCUCAAGGGACCUGAAGUAUGGCAUAUGAGCUGGCCGGCUUUGCAGGAGACGUUCGACAGCUGGAUGAAGAGAGAGCCAUCGUGUGCAAACAUGACGUAGAAUUUCACGCCACUCAAUGUCAACAAAGGUAAAAAUUGAACGCAGUUCCUCUCUGGAAAGCAGAUAUUGGGAAGUGGCUGUAGACCUUUAGAACAAUUGUCUCAAUAUACACUGACAGCUGAUCACAGGUGUGCUUGCAGGCUUUAUGAGCUAUGUGAGCUGGGCAAUUAGCUUUCAGAAUGUGAUUGUUGGCACUGCUCAAUAACUGGUAAAUUGAGUGGUGUUUUCCAAAGUUUACAUUGGCAAUAUCUGCUGCAUAGGCUGUGACGUGUCUAAUAUCCAGUUAAUACUUUCCAGGCAGCUCAUCAGAGCUCGAUGUGUUCCAUUUGCAGUUUCAUCACUGUCUUCAUAAAAGUCACUGCACUCCAUCAGUCAGAGAAAUAUCUCACACACAGAGGAAACAUUUUUCUAUCUCCCUUGUUUGAGGCAUUGGUGGCAACUGAGAAAUACGCAGGCUCCGUGGGCUCACCGUCUUUGAUCGGGGACAGAUCAUCCAUAAUAUCCCGCCAGUCUUUGGUCCUAAAACAUUCAUUGUAAUCAUCUAAGCUUUUGUUCUUCCCAAGUGUGUCUUCUUCACAACAUUUGAGUCAUUAACUGUUGAGCUUAGCAAGACAGUUGGUGCAGUUGCAGCUGAGUCUCUGUUAACCGUAUGGUACACAUACAAGGCUUCACUUGCCGUAAUUUUGUCAUUUUUUGCAGCAGAUUUCAUGAAGAUUGCACCAAUAUUGCUGGCACCUUUAGCUAGUGUGGCCUUCUUGUGCACAUCUGAGGAAGCAUGCUGAGUUAGGUCAUUCUCACCUCCAUGGCCAAUUGACAAUUCCCUAUGGCAUAAAGUACAGAAGGUCUUCAUCGGUGUCGAGUCACCACUGACAGGCUUAACCCACGUCUUUUUUGCUUCCCAUUGCUUGUUAUAGCUGCAGUCUAUUAUUUUUUGGAGGUUUAUCCAUAUUGGCAUAUGCCAUACUGACCGAACAACACCAGACAUUACUGAAACUUCUGGUUUUGGCAGGAAUUGGCAAAAUAUGGCACACAACUGAUGCGCAUAAGGGGGCCUGUGAUUGGAUGACAGGUGACAGGUGUGUGGCGUCAACAGCACAUGCAACAUGCACACACGCUGUUGCAUCAGAUCCAGGAUCUGUCUGUAAGCGUGUCCUCUGGUGAUUACAGAGUAGUAGCAGUCAAAUACGGGACAAGGGCAGUCCCAUAUGGGACAAACUAAUUUAGCCCAAUAUACGGGAUGUCCUGGCUAAUACGGGAUAGGUUGGCAACCCAUUCCAGCAGGUCGGUCCAUGGCAUCUUCUUAUGCCAAGAUGAGGCCAACCUCAGGGUGGAUGAGCAAAAUCCUAUAAUCUAUCUGGGUAGCCUCCACCCUGAUGGCACGAACAUCGAUUUCUCCUUCAGGUAAUUUUUUUCCCUCCCCUCUUCUAUUCCCUACUCUGACCUCUUACUUCUCAUCUGCCUAUCACCUCGCCCUGGGCUCUCUGCUCCUUCCCUUUCUCCUGUGGUCCACUCUGCUCAGCUAUCAGAUUGCUUCCUCUCCAGCCCUUUACCUUUCCCACCUACCUGGCUUCUAAUUACCCCCCCUGCUCCUCCCUCCAACUUUUAAUCCUAGUGCCUUCCCCCACCUUUCCAGGCCCAAAAUGUCAACUGGUGGUUCAUUUCCAUAGAAGCUGCCUGACCUGACCUUUGGAUUUGCAGCAUCUGCAGAAUUUCUUGUGUUUACUUUCACAGGCCAAAGGGGCAAUUCAGCAAUACUGUAGAUUUACAACCUCGUUUAAAAUGGUUCUGGCGAUGCCAUUCAAAAGGGAAGUAGACAUGACAGGAGCCUUUCUGCAUGCAGCAUCCAUGACGAGAGUUGGGGUGGCUGACUGAGGGACGGGUACGUCCUAAGCACAAUUGGAGUAUAAAAAUAUUAUGGAGUAUAAAACUUGUAUUAUUUGCUGUGUAACCAAAACUAUGUAGUCAGUUUGCUAUGCAUGUACCCAAGAUGAAAUCCUAGGAAUGUAGAAGACAAUGGCGUGUUAAUGUAUGUUAAUGAGGGGUAGCUAAGAGAUGUAGUCAGCUUUGAAACUUGCUAUUUGCUAUGCAUGUACCCAAUUUAGCAGGAGAGUGAAAUGUUGAGAAUGUGGAAGUCAAUGUUGUGUUAAUGAAAGGUGGCUAAAGGGAUGUAGAUUAGAACAUGAUUAAGUCAUGAAGUAAUAAGAAUGUAAACUUGCUAUUUGCUAGAGAAUGAAAUCUUAGGAAUGUAAAAGACAAUGGUGUGUUAAUAGAAGGUAGCUAAAGAGAUGUAGAUUAGAACUGUACCUGUGGUACCUGUGAAACUAGACCAGGAUUUUGCUAUAAAAAAUGUCCCUGGAUCGGUGGGCAAUCAGCAACUAGCUCAAUGACUGUCUCAGCUUUGAUUUGCAAAUUAAAGUUUGUGGGGCACGAGAAACCACGACAGCACCAGCCUACAAACCUGUUUAGGUAAUCAAUCAAAUGUUACUGGAGAUAAUUGAGGUCUGCCAGUUUGUCUAUAUUGGUGUUUUGUUGAGAUUUAGCAAUUCAAAUGUCUCUUUAGAUGCCUCUUAAAUAUUGUGAGUAUCUGGCUCCACCACCUCCUCAGACAGUAAGGGCUCCAAUCAUUCUCUAUGAGGAAAAAUUCCUCUCAGAUUAUCUCUAAACCUCUCAGCUUUAACUAAUGUCCUUUUGUUUUAGUCUGCCCAGCCACAGGGAAGUCAAAUUAUUUCCCCACCUCAAGAGCUCUCUCACCCUCUCCAUCUUCAGUCCCUCCACUUUCCGACCUCUUUGGCCUCCUCCUGCUCCUUUACCCUGCAUAACUCAAGGUCUCAGUGACCACCUUCGAGAUCACCACUUCACACUUCCAUUACUAGCCUCCAUCUGAACUUCCCUCCCACAAGCUCUCCUCUACUGAGACCAUAAGAGAUAGCAACAGAAUUAGGCCAUUUAGCCCAACGAGUUUACUUCUCCAAUUCAUUAUGGCAAUUCAUUAUUCCCCCCCCCCAUUCUUCUGCUUUCUCCCUGUAACCUUUCACACACUGUUUAAUCAAGAACCUAUCAAUCUCGGCCUUAAAUACACCCAAUGAUCUGGCCUCCACAGCCACCAGUGGCAAUGAGAUCCACAGAUUCAACACCCUCUAGCUAAAAAUAUUCCUUCUCAUCUCUGUUCUAGGUAUAUGUCCCUUUAUUCUGAGGCUAUGUCUUCUGGCUCUAGGCUCCAGCACAAUAGGAAUCAUCUCCUCCACAUCCACUCUAUCUAGGCUUUUUGAGGCAUUCCUCAAGACUUCAUCCAUUGAUUACUGUGCAGUCACUGGGUCCCAGUAUCACUUGACCUUGCUCCGUGAUGGGUAAGAUGUACCACCAACCCUUGCACCUCCCCACUCUACCUCCUGAAGCCCAUCUAAGAUUUCCCAAAUCUAUCGCCCUUCUGUGUCCCAUAACCACCCCACUCCCACCCAUAGGGUAACUCCAACAUACCAGCUGUCGUGGUUUCUCAUGCCCCACAAACGACCAGGAGACGCAUUUUACUAUUGGGCGAAUAAUAUUCGUAACCUAAUAUAUUGGAAAUUAGAUUUGGAUUCACCAUUGUGCCCACAGUGGGUAAAUUUAGAAUGCAAUGAGGUACAGGGAUAUUCUCUAUUCUCCAUUCUUGGUUCUUCUCUUCCUACUGAUUUAGUUAAAUUCAAUAAACAGAUAUCUAAUCCUGUUGUCAAACAUACAUUACGAAUUUGGUUUCAAUUUCGUAAGUUUUUUACUCUGAAAAACUUUGUUCUUGAUAGCCCUAUCUUACUUAAUUUUUUUUUCAAACCUUCUUUGACAGAUCAAGCUUUUAGCAUAUGGAAAAGGAAAGGUAUAAAAUGUUUUCGUGAUCUUUUCUUUGAAGGUAGUUUGAUGUCUUUCGACCAACUUUCCAACAAAUUUAAGUUACCUAAAUCUAAUUUUUUUAGAUAUUUACAAAUCAGAAAUUUUUUACAUAAAGUUCUACCAUCUUUCCCCAAUUCAACUUCAAUGGAUUUCUCAGGUUUGAUUUUUACCUUAAAUCCUUGUCAGAAGGGAUUAGUGGCUUUUAUUUAUAAUAUGAUUAUGAAGAUACAACCAGAAAUAUCAGGUAGAAUUAAACAAGAAUGGGAAAAAGAACUUCAAUAUAAUAUAUCAACAGAAAAAUGGGAAAAAAUUUUACAAAUGGUUAAUUCUUCUUCUAUAUGUGCUAAACAUGCUUUAAUACAAUUUAAAAUUGUACAUAGAGCUCAUAUGUCUAAAGAUAAGCUUGCUCGAUUCUAUUCUCAUAUUAACCCUCAAUGUGACAGAUGUCAUUUAGAUGUGGCCUCAUUGACCCAUAUGUUUUUACAUAACUAUUGGAAGGACAUAUUUGCUACCAUUUCCUCAAUUUGGAAUAUCGAUUUACAACCUCAUUUUAUUACUGCAAUUUUUGGUAUACCAAAUGAGGAUGGUAAUCAGUUUUCCCCUUCAAUUAGACGAAUGAUUGCUUUUGUAACAUUAAUGGCCAGAAGGUCUAUAUUGCAAAUUUGGAAAGAAGUAAAUCCUCCUACCACGUUUCAGUGGUUCUCUCAAACUAUUUCUUAUCUGAGCUUGGAAAAAAUUAGAAGCACUAUUUUUGACUCAUCAAUUAAAUUUGAAGAAACUUGUUUCGACAUUUUCAUAUGAAUUAAUUUGACCUCUUCCAGACCUUCUCUCUGCUUAUUCUUGUUCAGGUAUGGAGUUCCGGAGUUUUUGACACUAUCAUAUACAUAUAAACUGUUAUUAUUGCCCAUGUUAGUUUAGUUUAGUGUUUUUUUUCAAUAUAUAUUUUUUCUUGUA